UUGACCCCCAGCAAUCACACAUCCCCGCCAUUGAAGAGCGGCCAUAUUGAAGAAGAAAUCAACAUGGCGUCCGUCAUAGGUUCUGAAGUGGAAAUACAGGAGGUGGAAGUUGAAUCUAUCCCUGUGGAAAUGCCAAUUGAGACAGUGGAGACAACAGAUGAGACAGUGGAAGUACAACCCAUGAUAGCUCUACAGCCGCUUCCAGACGCCCAAGAAGAGAUUAUUCUUCAAACAAGAGAGGAAGUCGUAGGUGAUCCUAACCUCGUGUAUGUUGGUGAUGUUGAUCACAUACCAGUCCCUGCACCAGAAAUCGAAAUAUCAACGGAGGAAACGACAACCUUCAGAAGAGGAAAAGGGGGAAAAAGAAAAGGAACUAAAGCUCGUGGUCUUAUCCCAACUGGCCUUGGCGCAGAACUUAAUUUUGAUGUACCAACGUCAACUAAAAAAUGGGAACAAAAGCAAGUUCAGAUAAAGACACUGGAAGGAGAGUUUUCUGUGACAAUGUGGGCUUCUGGUGGUGAUGACAAAACAAAACUUGAAGAGGAUUCAGUUUCAGAAACAGAUGCUGACUUUACAGAAUACAUGACAGGCAAAAAGCUUCCUCCUGGUGGCAUACCCGGCCUUGAUCUAAGUGAUCCAAAACAGCUAGCAGAAUUUGCUAGCCUACAGCCAAAAGACAUGCAACUGUUACAACACUCUAGAAUAAAGACGAGAAAAGCCGUGGAUGAUGUACCAAGAACAGUGCCCUGUCCACACAAGGGUUGUAAUAAAAUGUUUCGGGACAAUUCAGCAAUGAGAAAACACCUACAUACCCAUGGUCCUAGAGUUCAUGUUUGUGCUGAGUGUGGAAAGGCAUUCGUAGAAAGCUCAAAAUUAAAGCGACAUCAGUUGGUCCAUACUGGAGAAAAGCCUUUUCAGUGUACAUUUGAGGGCUGUGGAAAAAGAUUUUCUUUGGAUUUCAAUUUAAGAACGCAUGUUCGCAUUCACACAGGCGAUCGACCCUAUGUGUGUCCAUUCGACGGUUGCAACAAGAAAUUUGCACAAUCCACAAAUUUGAAGUCUCACAUCUUGACACAUGCAAAAGCAAAGAACCAGACAUACCAGUUACCAACCACACAGGAAACAAUGCUUAUUGGAUACACAUUUGAGGAGCAGUGAACUGUGACAUGUUCAACAGACAUUUGGAAAAAAAUACCUAUUGGACCUCGAGGGACUGAAAGAAACAUUUCUCCAAGGUAGUUUCAUCAGAGUGACUGGUCUAAGGAACAAAUGUGUUCCUUCACCUUCCUGAAGGCCUAACAUAAAGAAAAGGACAAAUUCUUUCCUCCAUGUGUAACAAGGAUGACUGUAUCCUAGAUAUCACCACACAUCCUACAUUAUUUCAGACCCAGUCAUAUUGUUGCAGCAAAAACAAAAACAAAAAUGGGAAAAAAACAGAAUAGCAGUUAUUUAUAGAACAGAAAGUAUACUUGUGUAUGUGUAUAUAUAUAUAUGUUUGGAAAAAUAAGUUUGAUAACCAACUUAUAGCAGCUUUCACCUGUUGCCGAGCUCUUCAGGUAAGGUUUAAUUUCAAGGGACAACUCAACGAUCUCAUAAAUAAUGUGGCGUCGCAAUGUAUGUGCGUUCAGAUAAUAGCUCAUUAAUGUAUUAAUAAAGUACACUAUGUGUUCUUGUUAAUGGAAGAUAAAUAAACCUGACCUGAAGAACCUGACAACGGUUGAAAGCAGCUAGUAAAUUGGUCAUCAUAAUUUAUUUUUUCCGAUAUUUAACCACUCUACGUGGACACAAACUUUUUCUCACUAUAUAUACACACAUACUUAUCUUUGAAUAUAUGAUUUCAAUUGUAUCAAAGAUUUGAGUCAAUUUUGUCAAUUUUUCAUCAUGUUGAUUGAGAAGGAUUGUAUUGAUUUGAGAGUGAGCUUGUACAUUUGAGAGGGAGAGGUGUUUGAGAGAAAGAGAGCGAGGAGUGUGACAUUGCACUUUGUGCAAAACAUUUGGUACAGAUAUUUAAAAGUGCAUUACUGGUUAAUAGUGGUUAUGUUGUGGGCUUUAAGGAUCUUUCAUUGAGAGUAGGGAAGCAAAUUUUAUUUAUUUUGAAGACAUACUUACAUUUUAAGCAAGGAAAUAUUUGAUUACACAGGAACAAGAAUAUGUAUUUGUGAUAUUUUAAUUGGGAUUUGAGUAUUUUGCAUAACAGUGAUAUGCAGCGAAUUAUGAAUUGCUAGAUGCGUAUGCCUGUACCAGUAUUUUACUUUUCUGUGUCUUAGUGCUUAAAUAUUUGGAUAUAUAAGACACAUCAAACUUUGAACUUGGAAAUAUUGAUCAAACAAUCAAGUACAUAGUUCUAUUUUAAUUUUGGUCUUCAAAGACUUUUUAAAACACAAAUGGAAAAAUAGUGGUCACUUGAUGCAUUCGAUUUUACUGCUGUUGAACCCUGUCUGUGGAUGACGAAAGUCAGUGUCAUCAUUUAACUGAUUGAAGAAUAUGGUUUAACUCAUGGCUAAAUUUCUGUUAAUAAUCAUAUCUAGUAUUGUAGGGGCCUACUAGCUAUAGGUGUUUACAGAAAGUUUGUCAUGCUUGUGUACUUGAAUUAUUAAAGCCAAAGCGAUGUGAUAGUCGAGAA